AUUUUGUAUUUUCGUAUUUUUUGACUCGAUCAAUUGGAUUUUAGUAAAAGAUCUAUCCUUCACUUUCACUUUACAAAAGUUUCUAGUCUGCUGAGGAAGAUUGUAAUAUAUUUUUGGGAAAAUAAUGCAACGCCGAUGACGUAUUUCGACAAACAGCAGAAUAAAUAACAAUUCACGAUCAAGAUGCAACAUUUGAAAAAUAAAAAUGUCAAAUUCUCUUUGAUAUUACCAUUACACGAAUAGUUUGAACCGCAAUUAUUUGUUAAUGUGUUUUUCUGAUUCGAUAAAUGUAACAAAAACUCUAAGAUAACCAUGGAAUUAUAUUAUUAACAUUUCAAGUAUUGGUGUACCAAACUAAGUUUGUUAAAUUUUAUUCUCACUGCAAGUAAUGUCUGUUCCAAUCAAACGUGAUCAAACUGAAAAGUAUUCAUUGGGAUAUCUUUCAAAAAUGUCUAAGUUUCAUCAUCUUAGAAUGCAAUAUGAGCAGUAAAGUGCAUCUGGAGAGAAAAACCAUUGCUCUGAAAAAUAAGAAAGAUUCUUCUGAAGGUGCUGUGAAGCGUGUUAUUCAACCAAUAAACAAACAGAACACAGCCCUUGCCCCUUCUGGGGACUUGUUGGUUUUUGAUAAUUGUAGUACGACCGUGCAGGUAACGGUCAAAACCAAAGGCCGUAAACGUACCUCUACUAUGGUAAGUGGCAGCCCAACAAAUCACAAAGCGAUUGAAGAGAAGAAAAAGGCUAGUGCAAAUGGUGAAAAUCUUCAGAAUUGGGGAAAAAUCUUGGGAGAUCAAAAUCGCCUAGUCAUGAAGCAGAAUCUGCAGCAGUAUGCUACGAAAACUCACUCUUCUAAAUCAAAUAGACAGAGCAGUUCAGAUUCUAAGGAAGCUAGGAGAUGCUUGGAAGUUCAUAGAUCUCAACGAUACGAGCUUGGUCAGCAGAUUACUGGCAAACAUUUAGAUGAAAUUCCUGUUAAACAAGCGUCAACCACUAGGAAAUCGAUGGAACAGAUUAAAACUAUUCUGCCUACUUCCGUAAUGCCUUCUACAACUUCGAUUGGUAGCAGCAUGGAAUCUAUUGUUGUAGUUGAUAGAGCUGUGCAAUGUGGAGGAAUUUUUGACUGCUCUAAUGAUAGAUUUGGUGUUUUCAAUCCUGUUCGCACUCUAGGCUUUUUAAUGAAAGAGUUAGAAGGACUUGCUAAGGAUGAAAGAUCCAGUAAAAUUCUUUCAGAAAUGGAGCAAGCUUUAUUUAGAAUACCAACAGAGCCUGGAAAACCAACCCCUGCUGAUGUUGACGCAAUAGCUGUUCGGGCACAGCUAGAGGCCAGUACAGCCAAACUAGAAGCAACGAGCAAUAAAUUGAACGCAACUUGUGAGAGUCUACGUGAACAGAGAGAUUCAUUGCAACAACAAACGCAAAGACAAGCUACACUUUUGGAAGAAGCCAGGCAUAAAGAAGCAGAGUUGGAGGUUGAAUUAAAACAGUUAAAGAUGAAACUAGAUGAUGCAACAAAAUUGAAUGCAUCUGCCCAACAAACGAUCUGUGAAUUAAAAGAAGAAAACAAGAAAAUAGAGGCACUACAGAAGUUGAAUACAGAACUGAGGAACGAACUCAAUGAUCAGAUUGAAUUGGCUCAACAAAGAUUUAUGGAAGGACAGUAUCUCAGAUUAGAGAAAGAAAAAUUGGUAGUUCUAUCGGCAUAUAAAGAUUCUCAGCUGGUUGAGCAUCGUGCUGCAGUUAGAGAGCUCCAAAACCUCAUAACUGAACAACUUACUGGUUUGCGAGAAGCAUACAAGGAAUUGGAGGACUCUCCAAUUAGACGAAAUUCAAUGCUCAUGGGUGGAAAAGCUUGUUCCUCUCCCACCCCGACAUCUUCAGAACAUUCUAAUAUAAACCAUCCAUGGCAAGGCUUGUCAGAUAUCUCUUUGUCAGCUCUCGAACAAACGACUUACAUUUCUGGGAUAAAGAAAACUUCUCCAAGUCAAGGCAAGGAGGUCCCGUAUCAUGCGGAAAUGGCUGGUGAUUCAGAGAGGAAGCGGACAGUUACUGAUCUCAAAUCUCAGCUUGAGUUCAUCAGUUUACCUGGUGGUGAAACUUCACAUACAAUAUCCUCGCCUAUUUAUAAAGGUGAGGAAACAAAACGCCACAGUAAUACGGGGAUUGGAGAUGAGGUGGAUGCUAGCCGAGACAAAAGAAAUAAUUUAUGCAACAUUGUGGCUGCGAUUGCAGAAAUAGAAAAGCCGGUUUCCACAGAUGACAUAGAUGGAGAUAGCCUAAAACAAAGAGAUGAAAAUGCAGUGAAGAGUUUAUAUAAACCAAGGAAAUCAUUUGAAAAAACCAGAAGACAUAGAUCCACCAAGGACCACUCCAGGAACAAAUCAGUAGUGCGCGACGUAUCUAAACAAAAUAAAGAAUAUUCUUCGGGAAAUCCUAUAGACAACAGCAUAAAAGAGCACUUCCAAAAUAUUUUCAAAGACAUGCGACAACAAAGUCGAAUUCCAGUAAAUAUCCCAAGUCCUCCGCGUCAUUAUCCACACCCCGAUUGGAGUGAUACCUCUCUGCCAAGUAUCAGUGGCGUUUCCGGAUCGAAUAUUAUUUAAAUA